AUGGAAGCCACCACGGAGCCACAGACUUCGCAGUCUCUUGGUCAUACCGCUACGCAUCAGUCUCGCGCUUGUGAACAGUGUCAUCGAAGAAAGAUUCGUUGCGACAGACGAUUUCCUUGUUCGAACUGCCAAACAGCCAAUCUAUCAUGUCGAACUUUGACCCGGCGGCUUGUGUUGGCCCAGGCGAGACCAAGCACUAGAAAUAACGAAGACAUCAGAUUUACCCGGCUUGAGGAGCAGCUUUCCGAUAUUCAACAGACUUUGUCAAUGCUACAAAAUAGUCUCGUGGAGCUAAAAUUACCCGGUCAUCCUUCCAAUUCAGCAGAAAUGAGAGAGAAACUCGAGACCACGGGUAAGCAGCAUACUGCAGUAGUCAUGAAAGACGGCUUAAGCUUGCCGUCUCCAGAGAUGAUCGCCUAUGAAGUCAAAGGGAACCCAAACGAAAAUUCGACCCCAGAUAUCAGCAUGGAGUACUCGCAACUCGACAAAGCUUUGAAUCGUAAUGACCCACAGUCACUUCUUUACGACAAAUCCUUCCCAGAGAUAAAAACACAGGAGAAGUCUGCAGGGAAUAUCGUAAUGCCCCCCUUAACAGAUAUUGUGCUGCUCUUGAAAUGGACCAAAGGCCCCACAAAUCCGACUUUGUUGUCGUUUCUUCCCCUUGUCUCGAUUUCUGAGCUUGACAGCCUCUGCAAGAAGGCUUACUUCGAAAUGGAAGAAUGCACCACCUCCGACUUGAUUAUUAUCAAUGCGUGUUUACUAUUCUUUAUGCCAGAAUACUGUAUUUCACAGAGUAAGGAUGACUCUGUAACAGCAAGGUGCCGUCUCAAUAGCCUUCUUUGCCAGAAAAAUCUGGAACUGGCCAUGAGUCGUUUAAAUUUAUUCAUGAAUUUGUCAUUAGAUAAUACAAAAGCUUUGAUAUUGGCCUCAAUGUACGCCGUAGGUACGCAUUCCCUUGGUAUGGCUUGGACAUUGAUUUCCACUGCAGCCAGACUCUGUCAAAGUCUGGGUUAUAAUCAAUUGACCGUCCGAAAGAUCACGGGUAGCAGUGAUGAGAAUGCGAAGAUGGCGUUGUUUAGAUAUGUCUACAAUCUAGAUCAAACGCUUUCCUUGAGACUUGGCCAGCCAUCAAGUCUCCAAGCUAUGAAAAAUCUUGCUUUCCUCACUCUUACUGCGAAAUCUAAAAACUCCAAGCUCGAAGGUCAGUUCUGUAAAUCUGGGGCUAGUCAACAUCAAUACCUUGGUUUUGUCCAGCAUGCGAACGAUGUAGUUUUUCUGUCUCUUCUGACGCUAAUUUACCGAUCAAUCCCAAGCGAAAGCUCUGAUACAUUGUCUCCAUUCAACCAACAAUGUCUCGAAGCGGCUCAGGCAGCACUCGCAGCACAUCAUUCCUGCUAUCUGAACUACAUGCAUAAGCACAAAUAUAUAUGGACGAUAUAUCUGCAGACCGGUCUUGCAUGCCCAAUCAUACCAUUUCUCGUCAUGUUCUGUCAUGCUGUCACAACCCUUUCUCUUGAGACCAUGGAAGAUCUAGAAAAGUUCGUCACCUCCCUCCAGCCGGUCAAUCAAGCCUAUAUUGCCGGCUACAAAGCUCAUGCACUGUGUCAACGGUUCUAUGAAGCUGGAAAAUCCUACGUUGAGACGCAGCUGCAGCGGAAGAGGGAAGCAAACAUGGCGGACACGUGUCGAGAUCUUGGUGCGAGCAUUUUUACCGAUAUCAUACCUGAGUUCUGGCAUGCCCUGAUGGUACCAAUUACGAUUCGAGCAAUUAUGAACUGA